UUGCCGCCGGAGUAUCUGGCUUCGCUUGGUCUACAGUUGCCAUCAAACUCCGCGGACUCCACUGAAUCACCCGCAGAUUCUGAAGGAGAAGAUGACAGUAGGACCGCAAAGCAAAAAGAACGUCCCUCUAAGGCAGAGACACGAAGAGCAAGUGACGACGGCAUCGAAGGAGUCGCUGCGAAACGUCCAAAACUUGAAGAAGCGUCCGACGAAGAUAGCAACAGCGGCAGUAAAGACACUGCAUCAGUACAGGUACAAGAGGUGGAGAAAGCGGUUGAAGAAGACGAAAUGAGCGUUGACGAAGAGGAUACCGACCGGUUACAGGACCAAAAUCCAGAUAUGGAAGGUAAUGGUGAUGGUCGUGGUAUGCUGGAAAGCGUUGAUUAUUCGAAGCUGAAUAGCGUGAACAGUGAUGAACGCCAACAAGAGCUAGCCAAUAUCGCGGAAGCUGCGUUGAAGUUCCAGCCGAAAGGUCAUACCUUGGAAACUACUCAGGUCAAAACAGCAGUGCCUUUUCUAAUCAGAGGAACCUUACGCGAAUAUCAAAUGGUCGGAUUGGAUUGGCUGGUGACGCUAUAUGAAAAGAACUUGAACGGAAUUCUCGCCGAUGAAAUGGGUUUGGGAAAAACAAUACAAACUAUUGCUUUAUUGGCCCAUCUCGCCUGCUGUGAAUCGAUUUGGGGACCACAUCUCAUAAUUGUGCCGACGUCGGUUAUUCUUAAUUGGGAAAUGGAACUGAAGAAAUGGUGCCCAGCGUUCAAAAUAUUAACAUAUUUUGGUACGCAGAAGGAUCGAGUCGAAAAGCGACGGGGGUGGUCAAAACCGAACGCAUUUCAUGUGUGCAUCACCUCCUAUAAGACCGUCACUACUGAUAUUCGUGCAUUCAAAAUGAAGGCAUGGCAAUACCUAAUACUGGACGAAGCGCAGAACAUAAAGAAUUUCAAAAGUCAGCGAUGGCAAGCACUUCUGAAUGUAAGGGCGAGAAGGCGUCUACUUCUUACUGGUACUCCUCUUCAAAACUCAUUAAUGGAGCUUUGGUCGUUGAUGCAUUUUUUGAUGCCAGCGAUUUUUGCUAGUCAUGAUGAUUUCAAAGAUUGGUUCAGUAAUCCUCUAACCGGAAUGAUGGACGGAAGCGUAGAGUUUAAUGCUCCGCUAGUUCAGCAAUUGCACAAGGUUCUACGUCCCUUUAUACUGAGGAGGCUAAAGAGCGAAGUGGAAAAGCAACUGCCGAAAAAGACGGAGCACGUCAUUAAAUGCCCCCUAUCGAAGCGUCAGCGAUACCUCUACGAUGACUUCAUGAGCCGGCGAUCAACUCGCGAAAAUUUGAAAAGCGGUAACAUGCUCUCUGUUCUCAAUAUUGUCAUGCAGUUACGAAAGUGUUGUAACCAUCCUAAUCUGUUCGAACAACGGUCUGUCCAGUCGCCGAUGUGCCUACACCAUCUCCGACUUAACAUACCAGGACUUGUCGUAGAUCUCGAUGAAAAGGUGUUUGGUCGUGACCUCCCGGAGUUUUUCGAUUUACGGAAACGGUUUACAGGAGUUGGCACUUCGACUGUUGGUAGAGCACCUUUAGUCAAGGAACUGGCUGAAUCGAGCGAUGCUCGUCCGCCCAUCGUUCCCGGAUUUCGACUCCAUAGACCUAUUUCAAAUGGAGCGAAUAUCCCUAGCGCUGCACAUUCGUCAGAAAUAGCGUCUGUUGUAGACGUUAGCGCUGCAGAAUUGCAGCGAGCUGGCUUUGCUCAAAAUGAGAUGGUGCUUGUUGUUCGUGAUGGUGAAGACAUCGAGAGUUUGCUGGGUAGCAAUGCUGGGGCUCCCAUUCCUAUGCGAGUAAGGGUGAAUGAUGGGCGUUUAGUGCUUGACGCGGACGGCUUGAAGCAGAACGGCGCUGGCGCCAAGCUUUGUCAGGUUGUAACGGGUGCAAAUGGUGAGAAGACUUUGCGGGAAGUGUCGAAUCGGCUAGGGGACCAUCCAGCUGGAGGAAAUGCUCCUGUUCCUGUAUCGCAAGUGGCUAAUCCAGCUCCAGCUGCAAUUGCAGCAAUGCCAGGAGGAGCAGCAUCGACGGCUGUUGUAGCAUCGACGGCAAAUGUUGUCAAGCCAGAACGACUACCUUAUGGGCAAACUCCCAAAAAUGAUUCAGUCCCCGUACAUCAUUUACUUCGUUGUACCACAGUUGUCUCCAAAGUAGCCCCUCUGACGGUGUCGACGGCUACAACUGGUUUCCACUAUACGAUGCAGAAUGGUGGUGUCCGUGAAUGUAAUGAAAUGGGUGAAUCCAUCAUGGAUCUGUCUGCGUCACUCAGUCCUCCCUUGAAGAGACGCCGUCUUCUGUUGCCACGCAAGGAGGCUGUCACGGGAGAAUUCGCAGAUCUUGUACCGGUGGAAGUAGUGCAACGUAUGGAGGAAAAUAGCCGAUUGAGACUGCAACGUAUUGUGGAACGAUUCGAAUGUCAGCAGCGCCCUUUUUAUUCUCAACAACUGAUCUCUUUACUUAGGAAGUCAGCUGCAGCAGAGUAUGGGUUCGAAGAAGAUGAGAGGAGGGCACCAAAGACUGCAGAAUGUUCUGCUUCUUUUGAUGUACGGGAGUCUCUCAACGAAUGGAUUGGCGAGGUCAUGGAUCGAUUCUGGAUCUGGGUCAAUCCAGCUGUUACGGAUGCCCCAGAGUUACAAACAUCGUCAUCAGGUCGUGGAUAUAACGUCCGCAUCGCAGAAGAACGGAUUGCUGAGAAAUCUCGUGAUUUGUUCUCUUCAGUCCAUCCUUUGACGCACAAAUCACUCGUUGCAUCGCAAUUGCAUUUCCCGGAACUUCGCCUCAUUGAGUAUGACUGUGGUAAACUGCAGGCAUUGGCGCGACUUCUUCGCCGCCUUUAUGCUCUCAAGCAUCGCUGUCUGAUCUUCACUCAGAUGUCCCGUAUGUUGGACGUCUUGCAAGCUUUCCUUUCAUAUCAC